GUGAAGACGAACCGUGUGAUCGACUUGGCUAAACUCGCUCGUGUUUGCCUUUUACCCAAAACGGCCGUGUAUCCUUACUUACGGCAGCCCACCAAGCUGCGACGCAAAUCUGGACCGAAGAAAGUUUGGGAAGCAAGGGGUCGCCAUCUGUUUGACUGAGUCCAAAGUGUCCACAUGUCAAAGAAGUGUCUAGUUUCACUGUCUACCAGUACCUUCCGCACUAUACAAUACGGAAGUCAGCCGGAAAAACAAAAGUAAAUUUUCGCAAACGAUUCGCUGAGUCACCGUGACAGCAUCUCGUACAAUCUUAUUGUAAAAUAGCAUCCAAAGAUGCGUGCACUAGGAAUCGCUCAGCCAAACAACCAUAACCAGACGGGCAGCGGCAGUACCACCACCGGGCACGGAUCGGGAAGCGGGAGCAACGGUAAGAACGGCAAUGUGGAUCUGGGACCAUCCACCGGCACUCUGAUUACGCUGCCCCGGGCCGUACCCGCCAGCCAUCAUACGGCGGGCGGCAUUGGCGCGCCGCCCGGUGACGUCACGCAUGCCGUCGCCAUCCGCGGUGGAGCUGGUGGUGGGAGCGUUGCCGGCGGUGGCAGUGUCAGCGAUACUGCUGCCCAGGACACGAUUUAUUUGUGCAACUUUCGCGUCACCGUCGACGGCGAGUGGCUCUGUUUGAAGGAGCUGCAGGACCUCGAUAUCAAAGAUGGCACCGCGGGCGCAGGUCCGGCUGGCGCCGGUGGUGGUACGAGCGGCGCUGAAGCGGUGGGCAUCGGCGGAGGUGGAGGCGGCGGUGGCGGUGGCGAAUGCAACGCACUCAAUAGUUUCGGUAUAAUUGAGAACGUAAAAUGCGAGGAGAAGAUUAUCGAGCGCGAUUGGGUUAACUACUACUCUCGAGAUCCAGCCUCGAUUGAGCGGAGUAAUCUUGUGAAGAUAUGCAAACUGGUGGUAAAGGAGUUGCUGGAGCAAUCGCUACGCUUCGGGCGGAUGCUUGAUUCUGACCAUCUGCCAUUGCAACACUUCUUUAUCGUACUCGAGCACGUCCUGCGCCAUGGUCUGAAACCGAAAAAGGGCCUGUUGGGGCCGAAAAAGGAACUAUGGGACAUACUGCAGAGCGUGGAGCGCUAUUGUGUGGAAGCGCUGGACAUAACGUCAUCGGUGCGCGACUUGCCGACGGUUCGGACGCAUAUGGGGCGCGCACGUGCGUGGCUUCGGUUGGCGCUGAUGCAAAAAAAGUUGGCCGACUACCUGCAGGUGUUGAUUGAACACCGGGACGAUUCGUUGGCCGAGUAUUACGAGCCCCAUGCGUUGAUGCUGAGCGACGAGAUAAUCAUCAUUGUGGGCAUUCUGGUUGGGCUGAACGUCAUCGAUUGCAAUCUGUGUGUGAAGGAGGAGGACCUGGACUCGCAGCAAGGUGUGAUCGAUUUUUCACUCUACCUUCGCUCGAGUUCCCGCAACAGUCCGGACGAGGAAAACAAUGGAGGGCUCGCGGGCGGCGUCGACGAUAGUGCCACCGGUGCCAUGACCGCGGUGUUGGAUCAGAAAAACUAUAUCGAGGAGCUGAACCGCCACCUAAAUGCCACCGUAGCGAACCUGCAAGCGAAAGUGGAAUCGCUCACGACGACGAACGCACUGAUGAAGGAGGAUCUUGCGAUUGCCCGCAAUAGCUUGAUGGCUUUGCAGGCGGAAAACUCGGCCCUCCGGAGGGCCUCUCAGCAUGGGCAUCCGAUCGAGGACAAGACGAACGUGUUGGACCGCUUCGACCCGGAAAUGGCGGAAACGUUGGCCGAGGAGCGAAAGAAGCGACAAGAAGUCGAGAAAGAGUUGGAUUUGCAAGUCUCUAUAAAGGCAGAAAUCGAAAUGGCCAUGAAGUUGCUGGAGAAGGACAUUCAUGAUAAGCAGGAUACGAUCGUUUCAUUGCGGCGUCAACUGGAGGAUAUCAAAUCGAUCAAUCUGGACAUGUACCGUAAGCUGCAGGAAUGUGAAGUGGAGCUGACCCAGAAAGGUGAGAUGGUGUCACGGUUGCAAAUUAAAGCCUCACAAAUCGGCAGGAUUCUCGCCAAUCUGGAGAAGAAAGGUGCAGAGUCGAUGACGGACUCGCAAUUCAGCACAAUCAGUUCGUUGACCGGUGGUGGAGGGGUUUCGUCGCCACUAGGCGGUGCGACCGUGAUGGGUGGAGCGCCACCAACCAAAAAACCUCACCUUAAAAUUAGCGCCAUCCCGCCAUUCAAUGCGAACAAAUUGCGCAAAUCGCCAUCAGUCGGGACUGGAGCUGUCGGUACGGCUGGGAGUGCUUCUGCUAAGGUUGCGGUGGGUGACAGUACGGGUAGCCAAUCUUCCGCAGCCCAGGAUGCAGCGAAACAACAGGAACAGCUGCAGAAACGGUUAUCAUCGCCACCGCAGGUCGACGACAACACCACCGGCAAAUUGGUCAAUCCAGACAGCGCAACGCAGUCGACAAGCGGGGAAAAAUUUGCAAGCUAAAUAAUCACGAUCAAUGUGCUUCUUCCCAGUUGAUCAACGGAAUGAUACUGGCGGAAGAGUUUUUCUCCGGAAUAUCAAAGCAGAAGACUGCUCGGAUAAGGAUAGGCUUAGCUGUUCCAGGGCUAUUUAUCGCAAAACGUAGUGGUUACGAAUCUGCCUUUUGUGGUUUGCGUUAAGCAGUAAGAUCCGGUGCACAUUUAGAUUAUUGACUAGGAUCGCGCCGGUGAAGGGCUAAUGAAACAUAGUUUUAAUGCUAAGCAUGGGGCAAUAAAACGCAUACGACUGUAGCAGGACACAUUUACGGGCGGGUUUAUUAACCAAUUGUUUACUGUACAAAAACACGUACGCAUUAUAAUUGUAGGAGUGUGAAGCCUCUUUGAAGCACAAAACGGAGCUAAUGUCGAGGAUGGAAACGCAGCGCGCAUCGAUGGCAAAUGCGAUCACGCAGUUGGAGAAAAAGUAU